GAGGGCAGGGGGCCAAGUCCUCACAAGAGCGGGGGGCAAACAACCUGUCUCCAUGGCAACAAGUCCUGCCUUCCACUCCGCCGCAGCGGGCUGUGAGACAGAGGAGAGGGGAGGCAGGAGGGCUCUGUGUGUUUGUCUGCUCGGUUUUGGUUGGAAAGACUUAAAGCGGAGUUUAUUGAGAGGGGCAGGUAUCCGACAGAAAGCAGAAAAAGUUUUUCAACGCGGGAUUUGAGCGUCGCGAAGGGGAUUAUAACCUCAAACUGUCAGCAGCCAUGGAUGAGAGGAGAAACUCGGAGGUGAGUGGGCGGUUUGCAGACAAACAUGACUGCCAACAAGAGUUCGAAGGCUGCGCCUCGUGCAGGAGGGGGUAAAGCUCCGCGGGACAUCCCCGACAGGUGCCAGUCUACAUCGCCGUGCCCUGCUCUCGCUGCCAGUCAGGGGCAGAGCCAGCAGCCUCUCCUCAGUGACGGUGAGAACUCUGGGAAGCAAAGCAGGUACGUCAGGACUGACGGGAGGUUCCUGGUACGUGCUGGCUGGAGCAGCAAGACCCUGUGCAGCAGUGCGUCUCUCACAGGUGACACCGACUUCCAAGGCCGUCUCACCAAGUCAAAGAGCAUCAGCUGCCUGGACAACAGGCUCUCCAUCUAUAAGCCCCCGAGUCAGACCAAGUCCUGUCAGGAAAGUCAGGAGCAGAAGGAGAAAAAAGGGGAUCUCUCCUCGGGCGAUGGACUUAAUGGUCGUCCCCUGAGCUGGAGCACACUCUCGCUGGCACCUUCCUCCAACCAAAGCCACAGACGCACCCUUUCUCUCACCCGCUCAGUAGCAGGUGUUCCCCCCGCCACAAUCCGCAAAAAGAUCUCAGAAUGGGAAUGCCGCAGGGUGUCUCUGCCUAGGAUGAGCUUGUGUCUGGAUAAAAGAGGAGGAGAGCGUGUAGGGGGCAGUGAGGGCUGCCCCAGCCUGCUCUCUUCUCCCUGUAGUGAGAAAACGUUUGACUUUAAGGGGGUUCGCAGGAUGAGCACAGCUUUCUCAGAAUGUUCCUACACAGAGGAAGAGGAAGGAGUUUCAGACAAAGACGGCCUAGGUCGCUUCCAGAAAAGGACAGGCAAAACAGAGUCGUCAGGAGCAUUUGUACGUUCCCUGUCGGCUCGGAAGGAGACAUCAGCGGUUCUCAACAGGAUACAAAAGAUAGAGCAGGCCCUGAAGGAGAAUCCCAGCCCAUCCCCUCCACGUUAUCUGAGUAAUUGCUAUGCUCCUGACAAGACAAGACAAAAGUCUUUUGUUAUUGGUGACGACUUGGACAGUACAUGCACCAGUAAGCGCAGCAGCAUUUGCUCAGUGGCCACAGAACCAGAUGCUGUUUUGGUGUCUGAUAAGCUCUCUAAACUCAGACAAAGAUUUAGUGUGAGCUCAGUCAGGUCUGAGAGCCCAGAACCACCGAGCCAGCAGACCUCUGUCGGCACACCGGUCAACCCCUUACCUAAGCCCAAACGCACUUUUGAGUACGACGCCAAACGAGACCAGAAGGGUGUGUCGCCAGCUAAUGGACUACCUCCAAACAGAACCUCUGAGUCUCCCCCGCCUCUGCCCUCGACCCCUGCACCCAGCAUGACACGAACGGUGAAGAUCGAGGGGAGCACCCCAGUGAGGUCGCAGGACAGGGAGUCGUGUGAGUCGGAGGAUGCUACGAGUCUGCCAUCUUCAUAUCCAUCCUCACCCACAGAGAAUGGCACGCUAACCACAGACACACGGAGCCGACCCACUUCCAAAAGCACUUUAGAGGAAAAUGCCUAUGAGGACAUAGUAGAGAAGGAGAACCCAUAUGAGGAUGUUGACCUGAAGCGGAAGAGUUUGGGUCGGAAGUCGUGUCUGGUGGAGAGCAACAGAUCGUGGACCACCAUGGACAGGAAGCUGAACUCUCCACCUCAGUUGCCUUCCAAACCCAGUAGCCAGUCCCUACGCCUCCCUGGUCCAUGUGACAGGAAGAGCCACCGGAUGUCACAGUUGUCCAAACGCUACAGCCACGAUGAAAUGCUGCUGCUCCACCAGAGGGGUAUAUCAACGUCACCUUGUGGCCUGCUGGAUGAUAGCCUCUCUAGCACCAGUGAUACUAUGGCCUCACACAGGCACUGGAGGAUCCCCAAGCUGGUCCAGAGGAUCAACUCCAUUUACUGCACUAAACGUGGGAAGAAGAGGCUGAAGAAGCUCUCCAUGUCCAAUGUUGAGACUGCAUCUCUGAGAGAUGACAACAGUGAGAGUGAGAGUGACUCUGAUGACAGGUUCAAAGCUCACACCCAAAGGUUGUUGAAACUGCAGUCCAUCCUGCGACGUGCCCCCAGCUACCGCACGCUGGAGCUGCAGCUCAUCGAGUGGCAGGAGAGAGAACUCUUUGAGUAUUUUGUGGUUGUGUCUUUAAAAAAGAAACCCAGCAAAAACUCCUACUCCCCAGAGGUCACCUACCAGUUCCCCAAGCUAGAGAGGCCCACCAAGCAGAUGAGGGAGGCAGAGCAGAGACUCAAAGCCAUUCCUCAGUUCUGUUUCCCAGAUGCAAAAGACUGGAGUCCUGUAUCUGAGUACGCCAGUGAGACCUUCUCCUUCAUGUUGACUGGAGAGGACGGCAGCAGGAGGUUUGGGUACUGCAGACGCCUGCUGCCGACUGGGAAAGGACCUCGCCUUCCAGAGGUGUACUGUGUCAUCAGCAGACUGGGCUGUUUCGACUUGUUCUCCACGAUCCUGGAUGAGGUGGAGCGGCGGCGAGGCGUCUCAGCAGCCCUGGUCUACCCCUUCAUGAGGAGUUUGAUGGAGUCGCCCUUCCCUGCACCAGGGAAGAUUAUUAAAGUAAAGACCUUUCUGCCUGGUGCAGGAAAUGAGGUCAUUGAGCUGAGGCGGCCCACUGACUCCAGACUGGAGCAUGUGGACUUUGACAGCCUGUUCAGCUGCCUCAGUGUACGGCAGGUGAUACGAGUCUUUGCCUCACUGCUGCUGGAGCGCAGAGUCAUCUUUGUGGCUGAUAAACUCAGUACCCUGUCCAGCUGCAUGCACGCAGUGGUGGCGCUGCUCUACCCCUUCUCAUGGCAACACACCUUCAUCCCUGUGCUGCCGGGGUCCAUGUUGGAUAUUGUUUGCUGUCCCACUCCCUUCCUGGUGGGGCUGUUGUCCAGCUCCUUGCCGAAGCUCAAGGAGCUGCCUGUUGAAGAGGCUUUGAUGGUCGACCUGGGAACUGACCGAUUCAUCCGACAGAUGGACGAUGAGGCCUCGCUGUUGCCGCGGAAACUUCAGGCAGCUCUUGAGCAAGCUCUGGAGCAGAGGAAUGACAUCAUCAAUCAGGACUCUGACAGCGAGUCAGACGAAGAGUAUAACUCCCUGAACAGCCUGGUGUCAGAGGCCUUUAUCCGCUUCUUCCUGGAGACCAUCGGCCAUUACUCCCUGUUUAUCACUCAGAAUGAGCGUGGAGAGCGCAUUUUCCAAAGAGAGGCCUUCCGCAAGUCCGUGGCGUCGAAAAGCAUCCGUCGUUUCCUGGGUGUCUUCAUGGAGUCUCAGAUGUUUGCAGGGUUCAUUCAAGAUCGGGAACUGAGGAAGACCCGGGCAAAAGGUCUGUUUGAGCAGAGGGUGGAUCAGUAUCUGGAGGAGCUGCCAGACACGGAGCAGAGUGGAGUCAACAAGUUUCUGCGAGGCCUUGGAAGUAAAAUGAAGUUCCUCCACAAAAAGAACUGAGAGGAAACCAUCCUCCUGUUUUCAGUCGUACAGUACAACAAACUGAAGACCUGAUGUCUCAAGUCUCUGCGUAAUGAUGAUUCUCACCUUUUUUUUUUAAAUAAAAAACUUUUGUCAACCUUUUGUAUGUAAAACAUGUACAUACUAUUUCACUGUAAGCUGGCUGUGAUACUCUUCAGUGUAUGUUUAUAGUACCUUACGAGAUAGCGAUAGCAGGACGGUACACAGCGAGUGAGCCGUAGAGUAACCACUGAUGUCCAGGUGUGCUUGUGGAGAGUGUUAUCAGAAUGUGUGAGUGAGUGUGACCUGACAUGGGCAUAGAUGUACAGUUCAUAUGUUUUCUUUUUGCAUUAUUUCACCACAGUGUUGUCCUCUGUUUAAGGAGUGUAAAACCUAUUCGAAAACUGUACAUGCAUCAAGACAAUGAAGAAAAUGAUUGUAACUCUUCAAAGAGUCUUUUGCAAUCUUUUAUUAAAAAAUGUAGUUAAAAUGC